AUGGCACAGUACAUUGAGUUAUCGAAUCUUGAAGAAUCUGAUUCGAAAUUCAACGAUGAUCAGAUAAGAUUAGUUCUACUUCGAUUGGGCCAGAUAUCAGAUGAAGAGUAUAAUCUAAGGCAUGAGAAUUUCAUAACUCCCAAUUCACAAUUCAUAAUAUCGAAAAUCGAGGUUACCACAGUUGAUGAAGCAUUGGGAAUUCUUAGGAAUACAUUGGCUGAACAUAACGGCGAUGUAAAUUAUCCUUUGGAGGAUUACUAUUUCAUAGAGAGAUUGAUACAGUCCCAGACCAGGCAGGACCUGUUAGAGAGAGACGAAGACGAACCACAUGAAGAAGCCGAAAAAGAAUUAUUCAUAAAACCCUACCUCAAUAUCAUAGAUUGGUCGCUUCAGGUUCGUCUAGAAGCUUGUAUGGUUGCUUACCACUCACCAUAUCCUGAAAUAAGAGCUUUGACCGAUCCCUUUGAUGAUACUUCAAUGCCAGUCGAUACAUUGAGAGUAUACAUCAUAGGUUUAUUUUGGACGUUUGUUGGAUCGAUUAUUAACAAUUUUUUCAUUCAUAGGAUGCCGUCAAUCAAUCUUGGAAGCCAUACUAUUCAGCUAUUGCUUUUACCUUCAGGUAAAUUAUGGGAGAGAUUAGUACCUAUGAAUUACAACAUAAGGAUCCUUGGAAGAGACUAUGACUUGAAUCCAGGUCCUUGGAACUACAAAGAAAUGAUGUUGAGUUCAAUAAUAUACGGGUGUUCUGCAGGGACACCUUAUGCAAUUUACAACAUCAUGGUCAUGAAACUAGAUAAGUUUUAUGGUUUGAAGUGGGUGACCUUGACUUAUCAAAUCAUUUUGACUUUGUCUACUCAAUUUUUGGGUUUUGGAUUUGCAGGAGUCAUGAGGAAAGUUUGUAUCUACCCAGUUAAAUCUUUGUGGCCCACCAUAUUACCAACUAUUGCCUUGAAUCGUGCAUUAACUCAAAAGGAUUCGAAACAGUCUGAUUUGAAUGGAUGGAAGAUUUCACAAUAUUCAUUUUUCUUCGUCGUUUUCAGUGCUAGUUUCUUAUAUAAUUGGUUACCGUCCUUUUUCUUCAAGACAUUGUCAACAUUUAAUUGGAUAACAUGGUUUGCACCAGAUCUGUUACUACUAGCCAAUAUCACAGGCUCCAAUAUCGGAUUGGGGUUUAACCCUUUGCCUAGUUUUGACUGGAAUGUGUUGAAUGCAGGUGCAUGUUUAACCAUACCAUUCUACACGUACUUGAAUCAAUAUUUUGGAUCUUUAGUGGCAUUCUUCACCAUCUUGAUUCUUUAUUACACCAAUAAUAGGUGGACUGGCUAUUUACCUAUCAACACCAAUGAAUUGUUCAACAAUAGAGGAGAGAUAUACAAAGUACACAGUAUAUUGAACGAUAAAAACCAGUUUGAUAAGGGAAAGUACCAGGAGAUAGGUCCGCCAUAUUUCUCUGCUGCUAAUUUAGUUGUCUAUGGAGCUUAUUUUGCAUUGUACCCAUUUGCUAUUUUAUACCAGUUCUUGAGCGAAUGGAGUUCAGUUAAAUCAAGUUUUAAGAAUGUUGGUGAAACUCUUUUUGACUCAUUUAGAUUCAAAUCGUCCAACGUCUACGGAAAGUUUAUAAAUGACCCUCAUUGUAGGAUGAUGUCCAAGUAUGAAGAGGUUCCAGACUGGUGGUUUACUGCGAUUUUAGUUAUCAGCACUUUCUUGGGUAUAUUGGGUGUUUGGUUAUACCCUGUUGAAACUCCUAUUUGGGGUAUAUUCUUCACUGUGGCUAUAAACUUCAUUUUCUUGAUUCCUUUGACCGCUAUAACGUCUGUUACAGGAUUCUCAUUCGGUUUAAAUGUUUUAGUAGAGUUAAUAGUUGGUUAUGCCAUUCCAAAUUCAGGUUUGGCCUUGAUCACUUUGAAAUCAUACGGAACUAACAUUGACCAUCAAGCAGCAAAUUACAUAACUGACCAAAAGCUUGCUCAUUAUGCCAAAAUACCACCUCGUGCAAUUUUUAAAGGACAGAUUCUAUCCACAUUAUUAUCUGUAGUUAUUUCUUUGAUUAUAGUCAAUUGGCAGAUUAACAAUGUUGAGGAUUUGUGUGAACAUCAUCAGAAAGAUAAAUUGAGUUGUCCUGGAGCUAACACAUAUUUUUAUUCAAGUGUCCAAUAUGGUGUUAUAGGACCUUACAAAGUAUUCAACGGGGUGUAUCCGAUUUUGAAAUACUGUUUCCUCAUCGGGGUUUUAUUAGUGCCCAUAUGCCUUUUGUUCAAGCAAUAUGGACCUAAGAAAAUCACUAGGAUUUUCAAUCCUACAGUAAUUAUUGGAGGAUUUCUCUUUUAUGCUCCUUACAACUUGAGUUAUUAUACUGGUGGACUUUAUUUGUCUUAUUAUUUCAUGUAUCAUUUGAAGACAAAUUACACUGCUUGGUGGGAGAAAUACAAUUAUGUUUUGACCAGUGCUCUUUCGGCAGGGGUCGCUUUCAGCGCAUUGGUAAUAUUUAUGGUCAAGAAUGAAGGGAUCAAACUCGACUGGUGGGGUAAUAGUCUAAGUAAUAUGGGAAUAGAAGGAGACAACGGGGGACUUAAUUGGUUACAGCCAACGAAUGCUCCCGAAGGAUAUUUUGGUCUAAGAAAAGAUCAAUAUCCAUAA